AUGGCUUCAUUUGCCAUUAUCGCCAUCGUUUUGGUGGUUUCAGGGUAUUUACUUUCAAGUCAUGGAGGAUACUCAAACUUAGUUAACAAUCAAGCCCCAGCUGCCACUCUUAAGAGUCAUCCUGGUGUUGGUGAUAGUGAAGUGAUUGAAAUGGCUGGUGGAAGUGUUCCUGCUCAAACCAAACCAAAGAGUGCACCACCUGCUUCUAAAGGUUCUUCUGCUAAAUCUGGUGAAGUUGGUCCUGAUUACGAAAGAGUUAAGGCUACUUUCGUUACUUUGGCUCGUAACUCUGAUUUGGAUGAAUUAUUGGGUUCUAUUAGAUCUAUUGAGGAUAGAUUCAACCAUAGAUACCAUUAUGAUUGGGUUUUCUUAAAUGAUCAACCAUUUAGUGAAGAAUUCAAAUCCACUGUAUCAGCUCUUGUUUCUGGUACAACCAAAUUUGGUUUAAUUCCUCAAGAACAUUGGUCUUAUCCAUCUUGGAUUGAUCAAGAAAAGGCUGCUGCUUCCAGACAGAAGAUGAUUGAAAAGAAGGUUAUCUAUGGUGGUUCUGAGCCAUACAGACAUAUGUGUAGAUUUGAAUCUGGGUUUUUCUGGAGACAAGAAGUAUUGGCUGAAUAUGACUACUAUUGGAGAGUUGAACCAUCUAUUAAGAUUUACUGUGACGUCGAUUACGAUGUUUUCAAGUUUAUGAAGGAAUCUGGUAAGGAUUAUGGUUUCACUAUUACUUUACCAGAAUACAUUGAAACUGUUCCUACUUUAUGGGAUACUGUUAAGUCCUUUAUUCAUGCCAACCCUCAAUACCUUGCUGAAAACAAUUUAAUGGAAUGGAUCUCUAACGAUAAUGGUGCUACUUACAAUAUGUGCCAUUUCUGGUCUAAUUUUGAAGUUGGUAACUUAAACUUUUGGAGAAGUGAAGCUUAUCAAAAGUUUUUCGAACAUUUGGAUAAGGCUGGUGGAUUCUUUUAUGAAAGAUGGGGUGAUGCACCAGUUCAUUCUAUUGCGGCUGCUUUAUUCCUUCCAAGAGAAAAGGUUCACUUUUUCGGUGAUGUUGGUUAUUAUCAUGUUCCAUUUCAUAACUGUCCAAUUGAUCAGGAAGUUAGAACCCAAAAGAAGUGUGUUUGUAACACCAAGGACGAUUUCACUUGGAAAAAGUACUCUUGUACCACCAAGUUUUUCGAUAUUCAAGGCUUAACCAAACCUCAAGGUUGGGAAGCAUUCCAUAAUUAA